UUCAUAGAGCCGAGGUGCAGGAUGUCCCGUUAAGCAGAAAAAAACCCUGCAGAGAAGCAGAAGCAACACAAGCUGACGGGGUGAAAGGAGUGCAACACAAAGCGAACGGCAUUUACCAAAGCGCAGAUUUUUGCAAAAUGGGCUCUCCAGUGGUAUUCAGUUGUCGUCGGAUUGUUCUCAAAGUGUUUUUGUUUCAGUUCAUCGCUUUUCAAUCAGCAUAUGCUGCCCCUUCGCCUAUUAUCAGGUUUCCAGGGGACGAUACUCCCAGAACAGACAAAGAAGUUGCUCUGCACUACCUGAAUAAGUUUUAUGGAUGCCCACAAGACAGAUGUAACCUCAUGGUGCUCAAGGACACCCUGAAGAAAAUGCAAAAGUUCUUCGCCCUGCAAGAAACUGGAGAGAUUGAUGCCAAAACUGUGGAUAUCAUGAAAAAGCCCCGCUGUGGCGUCCCAGAUGUGGCCAAUUACCAAUUCUUCCACAGGAAACCCAUGUGGCAGAAGAAAGACAUUACUUACAGAAUCCUCGGAUACAGUCCCGACCUGGACGAGGAAGUCAUUAAUGAUGCUUUCUUCAGAGCCUUCAAAGUGUGGAGCGACGUCACCCCACUCACAUUCGAACGCUUAAUGGACGGAGAUGCUGACAUCAUGAUCAAUUUUGGCCGCAAUGAGCAUGGAGAUGGUUACCCCUUCGACGGCAAAGAUGGCCUCUUGGCUCAUGCCUUUGCUCCGGGACCAGGAAUUGGCGGAGACUCUCACUUUGAUGAUGAUGAGCAGUGGACGCUGGGAGAUGGCCAAGUGGUGAAGGUCAAAUUCGGCAAUGCUGAUGGGGAGUUCUGUAAAUUCCCCUUCAUGUUCAUGGGCACUGAGUACAACAGCUGCACAGCUCAGGGUCGAGACGACGGCUUCCUGUGGUGCUCGACCACUUACAACUUCGAAGAAGACGGCAAAUAUGGCUUCUGCCCUCAUGAAUUACUAUUCACCAUUGCUGGAAACGCAGAGGGCGCUCCAUGUAAAUUCCCCUUCACCUUUCAGGGAGAAAAGUAUGAAUCUUGCACAACUGAGGGCAGGAGUGAUGGUUACCGCUGGUGUGCCACCACCGACAACUAUGAUGCGGACACAUCCUUCGGGUUCUGCCCUGAAACUGCCAUGACGACAGUGGGAGGAAAUGCAGAGGGAAGCCCCUGCGUCUUCCCCUUCACUUUCUUGGGUGACACCUAUGAGGCCUGUACCUCCUCUGGACGCACUGAUGGCAAGAUGUGGUGCGCUUCCACCAAGAGCUACGAUGAUGACCGCAAAUGGGGUUUCUGUCCUGACCAAGGUUACAGUUUGUUCUUGGUGGCCGCCCAUGAGUUUGGUCAUGCCCUUGGCUUGGAGCACUCUCAGGACCCCGGAGCGCUGAUGGCCCCCGUUUACACUUACACUAAAGACUUCAGACUUUCUAAUGAUGACAUCAGUGGCAUCCAGGAGCUUUAUGGUGCAUCGACAGGCAAUCCUGUGUCUCCAACCAAGGGUCCAGUCACUCCAAUGGAUAUCUGCAAAGAGCCAGUUGUCUUUGAUGCUGUAGCACAAAUCAGAGGAGAGACCUUCUUCUUUAAGGACAGGUUCCUGUUCAGGUCAGUAAACUUCAGAAGCAAGCCCACCGGCCCUAUGCUCGUGGCCACCUACUGGCCAGACCUGCCUCCCAUAAUAGACGCUGCGUAUGAAAACCCAUUGGAGGAAAAAACUGUGUUCUUCUCAGGUAAUCAGGUGUGGGUCUACAAAGCAGACGCGCUGCAGUCAGGCUAUCCCAAGAGGCUCUCCAGCCUCGAACUUCCCACUGACCUGCAGAAAAUUGACUCUGCCUUCAACUUUAGGAAGAACGGGAAGACGUACCUGUUUGCUGGGGACAAAUUCUGGAGAUACAAUGAAGCUACAAAGACAAUGGAUCCCGGCUUCCCAAAACUUAUCGCUGAUUCUUGGAAUGGUCUCCCAGAUGACAUCGACUCCUCCUUCAGUCUUAAUGGCAUUGAUUACAGCUACUUCUUCAAAGACAACCACUAUUUCAAAUUGGAAGACAGCAGCUUGAAGAUCGUCAAGUUGGGUGAAAUCACAAAGGACUGGCUCGGCUGUUGAGCAUUUCCAAAGAGUCUCGCAACUAGCUAAAUCAUGUAAUGACAUCUGGCCUCAUAAGGAAAUUGCCAUAACAACGCACACAACUUGAGGUGGCCACAGUGCACACUGUUGUAAGUUGUUUUUCUGGCGACUCUGCACGCUUCUGGGGGAGACAUGCCCCUUCCAGCCUGUAUAACCAGCCUCCAGCUUUGUAGACAGGCACCUCGGGACCUUCUGCAAACAUAUGCAACUGGAUAUAUUACUGUGUGAUGUUGACAUUUUGUUUUAUAUGCUGAUGCAGAUUUAUUACAAUGUGUACUCCCCGUUUGAUUGUUUUAUAGCUUUUUUAUUUGUUUUUUAAAAACUCCGACAUCAGGUAUGUCAACACUGCAUUGAACGCAGUGCUAUACUGUGCUGUGAGAUAUUGCCGUUGUUAUGCAAAUUUAAUUCUGCAACGCUGUUUUACCCCUUAUGAGGAAUUCAUGUUGGCUUGGAAUCACUUCUACUAUGUCCAGUUUUACUAAGUGCAGUUUUAUAAAUGUAUGACUUUUAUUUGAUGUUCUCAUUGUUGUUUAAUACAUUUGACAAAAUGAAUUUGCACAAUGUGUUUGACCGAAGAUGGUGCUUUAGAGAUUGCUUUUUGCCUAUAGUCCUAAAUAUAUACAUUUUAUAUUCUCUGUACUUAUGUCUGACUACUUCUCUGGAUGUCAGAAAGUUGUAUUCGCAGGCACACAUUAUUCUCCAUUUGGUUAGCACUUUGCAUAGGAUUGUAUAAGGGACUGCUCAACUGCAUUGCAUUUCCCUACACUAAUGGUACAGGGAGAUUAAAGGCACAGGUUGCCUAUAGAGGCUGUAUUAGUUCGCUGCAUGAUGGAAUCAUGACGAGUACCGCAGUAGUAUUGUUUAAUAAUCUCUUUUUUUAUAUCCUCUGUUUUUUUCUCUUGGGUUUUAACAAUACAGUUGUGUUUUAUGUUGUUUUAAAUGCUUGUGCACUUUGUUACUGUCAUCAAUAAAGAUGGUCAAUAUACUGAG